CCACAUCUCGAAGAUGAUAAGAGCGUUGCGGGGUGCUUCAGAAACCAUCGCCAGCUCCCGAGCCUCCAAGCUUGUUUGCUUGCCUUUCUAAGACCUAGGAAUAUCCAACGAACACCACCCCCUCCGCCUUCUCCAUCAUGUGUCGACCCAAAGUGCGCGAUGCAUCUUACCAUGACAUUCCGCAGAUCGCCGAGUCCUUGGCCCAGGCCUUUUGGGACGACAACAUGCUCGGGGACCUCGUGCACCCGCACCGCGACGAGUUCCCCGACGACAUGAAGCUCUACUGGCUGCGCAGUGCGCGGGUCAACUGGUGGGACUGGCGCUGGAAGUUCCUCGUGGCCGUCCAUCAGGAUGAGGAGACGGGGCGGGAGAUUGUCGUGGGUUGUGCGCAGUGGACGCGCCUGGGAAAUGGAGGGAAAAAGAUGGAGCUCUGGAAGCUCGACCCUCGCAACCUCCUCAAACCGGCAUCCAAAGUCGCCAUGAAGAUCCACAAGCGCCUCUGGCCCAACCGCGCCGCGGACCCACCACAAGAGGACAUCCUGGAUCGAGCCCACCCGCACUUUGAGCAUAUGUACACAGGCGAGCGGGCUGAGUGCUGGUACCUGAGCUGGCUCGGCGUGCACCCGGACUAUCAGGGCCAGGGCUUUGGUCGCGAGCUCGUGCGGUGGGGUCUGGACAGGGCCGAGGCGGAGGGCGCGUGGGCCUCUGUGAUCGCCUCCAAGGGCAAGGACCCAUUCUAUAGGAAGUGUGGGUUUGAGUUCAUCGAGGGGAGCGGCGGCAUGGGGGAGGGGAACCCGCUGGCUGAUGUGGAGGGGGCCAAUAUGCACUGGAAGACGCCGGAUGGGAAGAAGCGUGUGUGAAUGACGAGAUGUGACGUGUUGGAAUUUUGAGGGAAGAGAACAAGUUGUCUAUGGCUUAGGGAGAGUUGCUCACAAAUC